AUCGGCGGAAUGAAAAAAAUGGCCAUCGUCAGAUUCGGUGAACUAUCGGUGCCUUUUCCGUUAAACUGUCCUUUUUGUUAACGGAGCGGCGGAGCGAGCGAUGCGAGUGGCGGCGGAGCUGGCCGAAACCGGAGCUAACGGGCGGUAGUUGGGCUGGUUCCGCGGCCGUCAGAGAGGCUCCGUGUCCGGGCUGAAGCAGAUGGGCUCCUCGGUGUGUUCAAAGGCGGAAGACUGCGUAUCAACACACCGAACCGGAGAUGCUACACAGCCGCUAGCCUGCUAACUGCUCGGUACGAGAUGUGGGUAAACGGCGGCCGAUUCACCAGGAAUUAAAGAUAACGGAGGAAACAUUUCGACUGACGACGUCCUGCUUUAUGGAGCCACAGCGGGACGACUUGAACUGAGACCGCUUUAACAUUCGGCCACACGCAGCGCCUCCCGACCCUCAGCAUGUCCAGCCGCAGGAAGUCCACCACCCCCUGCAUGGUCCCUCCUCGAGAAGCCGUCGACUUGGACCAGGAGAUGGAGGAUGUCACGGACGCGGCUGAGCCGGAGGACAGUAACGGCGUGGCGACCGUCUCCUCCGAGUUUCCCAGUCUGCUGGAGGAGCGGGGCGAGGACGCGGACUUCAGGCCAGCGUCGGACCCCUACCUGGACCUGAACGCGGCGGAGGGAGGAUACGAGUGCAAAUACUGCAGCUUCCAGACGUCGGAGCUAAACCUGUUCACCAUGCACGUGGACACGGAGCACCCGGACGUCGUCCUCAACACCUCGUAUGUCUGCAUGGAGUGUGACUACCACACCAAGAGGUACAGCACCUGUGUGUGUGUGUGAGUGUG